AUGCCGUCCAUCUCGAGCGAGGAUAUCUCGCGCCUUCUAGGCACGCUUCCACAAGAGCUGUACGAUGAGAUCUACAGCCUCACCUUCACCGCCGACCCAGGAGUCCGUAAAGUCAACAAAGAUUGGCGCAGGCCACCUCACCUCCUCCUCGUCGAUGCCUCUAGCCGCGCCCUUUUUGCAAAGUCCUACUUUGACGCCGAUUCCUCCUUCAUUGUGCGCGCAGUUGGCACGGGCCCCAAGUGCAUAGCCUCCGAUGAGACGAUGGCCAGAUGGCUUGCUCGACUGGGAAAAGACCACGUGGCUUUGCUACGAGACGUGCGUGUGGGUACGACGGCGCAACUACCGUACACGAACGAGUUCCGCGUGUGGGUCCGGGACUUCCUGAACUAUUACCACAAGUGUGAAGCCGGGCAUCCCGCAUAUAAGGUUGCUGAGAGGAUCGAGUUCAUCACCGAGGAGAAGGCCAGAGAGUUGGAGGCUGGAGGGGCGGAAAACUAA